CCAGGGCAGCCGGGUUCCGGGGGGGGUGGUACGAGCCGGCCCCUCCGGCUCUGGGCACAGCAGGCAGAGAGCAGGGCUGUGCAGCGAGAGUGGGGCUGUGGCCCCUUUGUGCCAUGGCAGGGUCAGGCCAUGGCUCUGGUGGCCCCCAGCCCUCAUCCCCUCGUUACCGGUACCUGGACCUGCUCUUCGCCGUCCUGGGCACUGCUGCUUUCUUGGUAGACCUGGUCGCUGAUCUGUGGGUGGCCUCCAGCUACAUGCAGGCUGGGCACUGUCUCUGGGGGGGGCUGGUGCUGGCACUGCUGGGCCUCUCCUCCCUGGCCAUGCAGUUCUUCAGCUGGGCCUGGUACCAGACGGACAACAUCGAGCAGGACCUUCCCAGUUGCUGCUGCCUGGCUGUGGUGCACCUCUUCCAGCUGGGCUAUCUCUACAGGUGUCUCCGUAUGCUGAAGGUGGGCUGGCGAGUAUGCAGGGCAGAGACUGCACCACAGCAGGAGCGAGGCUACGCUGUCUUCCUGUCCCACGACAUCAGCAUGCUGCGCCUCUUUGAGACCUUCCUGGAGAGCACCCCUCAGCUCACGCUUGCUCUUUCCAUUGUUCUGCAUACAAACAAGGUGGAGCUUUUCCAGGGGCUUGGGAUUUGCACUGCCUCCCUAUGCGUGGCAUGGUCACUACUGGAUUAUCACCAGUCCCUCCGCUGCUUCCUGUUGGACAAGCAUGAGCUGGGCCCGCUCUCCUCCACCAUCUACUUUCUGUGGAAUUUCCUCCUCCUCUGCCCCCGCGUCCUGGCAGUCGCACUCUUCGCCACACUCUUCCCGUGCUACAUCGGCCUGCACUUCCUGGGCAUCUGGACUGCCAUGCUCCUCUGGGUUUGGCUGCAGGACACUGCCUUCAUGGAGUGUCCCAGGCGGGAAUGGCUCUACAGGGCAACGGUGGCCGUGAUUCUAUAUUUCUGCUGGUUCAACGUGGCCAAGGGGCAGACGCGGCAGCGCAGCGCAAUCUAUCAUGGCUUCAUCCUGGUGGAUAGUGUGCUCCUCGCUGGCUCCUGGCUCUGGUACAAUGCCCCUCUGCGUGAGCGCUCCUAUCUGCUCCCUGUGCUUCUCGCUGCUCUGGUCUGCUCUGUGCUCGGGCUGCUGCUGAGAAUCACCUACUACAAGUGGCUCCACCCCACGCUGCAGACCCGGCGCCAGGCGAGCUAUGAUGAAGUAGACACUGCAGAAGGACUAGCCCAUUUCCGAGCUAGCCCAGCGCCAGCCCCCGUGAAUAGACGAAUGUACCAGCUGUCCCAGAACCACUUCUUGGUCUCUUUGCAGGCCGGACAAAACUGGGGGAAUGGUGUCCUAGAUGACAUGUCUCUCUGAGCACAGCUGUCCUGCUCCAGGCAGAGGGAUUUACACCUCAGGGAUCUGUGCUGGGGGAUCCCAUUCCAGACCUGGCUCCAGUGUUCCAGGGCCCGAGCACCACACCUACAGAAAGGGCAGCUGUGGCAGGGAGAGGAGGUUGGAGAGAGCUGGGCGGGCCGAGAGCACUGGCACUUAGUAGCUGUGACCCCUGUUCUGGGCUGGCUCUUCCCGUGGGAAAGGCAAUGCAGCAAGUGUCACGGGAGAAACCCGCUAGAAGAGUGCUGGCUGCCGAGUGGGCUCAGCAGCCUGUUAACCCUUUAUUGUCAGGCCCCUGCCCCGGGACCUGCUCCCCUACAGCAAACUCCUCACUUCUUCCUGCUCGUUUCCCCCCACUGCCCUGUUGAGCCCCAUCCCCAUUUCCCUGCCAGGCUCUCCCCUGCUUUGUUUCAGCAGAGUUCAAUGGGAAACUGUGUGCUGUUCUUGGCAGGACCUGCCAGAUUUUCCAUUUGUCUGGGAUUUCCCUGCACUUGUUUGUUGCUGAUUUCAAAGCUUCCCUGUAGUAGUGGGUAACCCAUGGCACUGCUGGAGGGUUUUCCAGCCAGCUGCAAAAGGUCAGCACCAGCUGAAACAGUGUGGUGGGAGGGAGUUGAAGGCCAGGAUGGACGACUUGUUGGUGGCACCUGCCCCCUAUGCCCAAGCAGUACAGGGUGACCCUGAGCGCCCACCCCUAGUAGCCACCCAUCUGGUGUUGUGCAGGAGGGUUGGAAAUCCAGAUCAAAAGCUUCCCCCACAGCCUCAGCCCUAUCCCCACCCCCACCACUCUCACACCACCCCAAGGGGCAGGGCAGGGAGCUGUGGGUCUACAGAGGAGAUGUGCCUUGUGGGGCAAGGGAGGGAAACCCUUUUCCCCACAUGGCCCAUACUGGUGAAACAUCCCCUGCACCUGGGGGGGGGGGGGGUUUCCCCACCCACCCUGCAUGGACCCACGGUAUUUCCACACCGUCCUUCAGGCCCAUGGGUGGGGGAGGAGUGGAGGCGCUGUCCCCUUAUUCACAGGCGAGAGGGGUGCUGUCUUUGGCUGUGGAGUAAUUUGUUUCCUCCUCUUUCCAUACCUCCUAUGAGAAUGACUGUGGGUUGCUAGAGCCCCAGACGGUGGGCAAAUGAGUCAGGCAGACACUCAGAAGGGGUUUUUCCCUCAGGCAGGACUCAAAUUUGCUAGCGGCCUGGAGCGUCUUGUGUCACUGCCGGGUAGCUGCAGCCCAAAGCACAUGCCUGGGAAAACGUCAUGAACUGGCAGCACUGAGACUGGGCCCACCCAGGUGGGGAUGCGGGUAACUGCACACUAGACUGGACUGGGACAAGUACUGCUCCCAGCUGGCCUGUGCAAAACAGGGUGGAUUGAUUAAAAUCAAUUAUUUAAAUCAA